GACAGAUGCACCGCUGACAUCAGUAGGAAGCUUGUAUCCAAAUUUGGGCUAGGCUUCGCCGAGUUCUCCCGGAACCUUGGAUUUUCGGAGUCAGUAUUAAGGUAGGACUGCUGUGUACUGUGGUAGUGUAUAAAGGGCAAGUAAGAGACCGUCUUAUCUGAAAGUCUCCCUUCGACCAUCUCCCAAAUCCUCGAGGCCAACCAAUUUUCCCUAAGUGGAAACCCCCGCUUUCCCAUCCAGCCAAGUUCCCUCAGUCAAGCCAGCCAAAAUGCACAUGACGAAAUUCCUCCCGGCAGCAGCCCUCCUCAUCGGCAACGUCCUCGCCGACGGCGCCGCCAUCGUCGCCGCCCUCGGCACCAUCGCCGCCGACACGGCGGACCUGAACAACACCGUUCUCGUCUGGAACGGCGGCCUGCUCGGCACGCUCCCCAUCAUCGCCACGUCGACGGCCCUCCUGGUCAACAUCAACAAGGCGACCUCGACGGCGGAGUCGUCGGACGAGCUAUCGGUCGUCGAGGCUGUGACGGUCAGCUUGGCGACGCAGGCCCUCAUCCAGGACCUCGACACCACCCUGACGACGAUGAUCGCCGCAAAGUCCAAAUUCGACCCCCUGUUUCUGAGCCCGGUCAUCCUAGUCGACCUGGAGCUGGAUAAGGUCGCGACGGAUAAGCUCAGCAAGGCCAUCAAGAGCAAGCUGCCGGCCGACGUGGCGAGCGCGGCGGACCAGUUGGCGGCUCAGAUUGACGCGGCUUUCGAUGAGGCUAUUAACGUUUAUAAGGGACCGUGGUGAGGAGACUUUGGUCUGCCCGGGUUGACCUUCGGAGAGGGUGAUGCCGUGUUGGUAUGACGCCUCUUUAAGACGCAUAAUGAAGGGACAUUGGAAGUGAACGAUGGCAAUGGCUUGAGCGAGCUCGUUGUUUAGCCUUGUCGUAUGACAUGAUAGGUUGUUUUAUUUACCACCUGAUCCCCAACUAUCAGCAUUCAACGUGACACAUGUCUAUAAGGGGGAGAAGCGCUCGAUAAUUCGUUGGAGUCAGGCCGAGACACGCGGCCCUUCCCAGACACGCUCGUAGUUUCUAGCUUCUUGUUCCUACCGGGGUUGGUGAGAAGACUCUAGAGGAUACCAUCAAUGGAACACUAGACCACAGCAGUAACCCCCAGGAUCGCCACUCUGGAAAUUCGACUGGGCCAAGUCAACCCCAUUAAAUCACGUCAUACCACUAGAGACUAUUCAGA